AACAGUGAAAAUUAGCCUGCAUACCCUAGUCGUACCGAUCGAAAGUGAGGUUUGUUUUUAUUUUGAUUCAUGUUUCUUGGACUGGGUGAGAAAGAGAAAAACACACGACAAAACAGCGAAUUUAUCGAACGGGAGACAUCGUUUAUGUUAAACGACAAACCAUGAACCGAAUUAGAACCUAAACCGUAUCGAUCGGUUGUGCGAUUAAUUUGAAUCUACCGCAUUGCUGUGGUGGAUCGAUCUAUUCCUGAGACCUUGUGUGUUAGCCGGAAAGACGUCGUGCGGUGCAUUGCAGAUUUCAAGUAGUGAUAAACAAAUCAAUCAAUUUGCUUAGGUUGGUACUACAUAAUAGGGAAAGUAUGUCACUUUCCACGUUGUAUAAGCGUGCCCUUGUAAAGUACCCGAUUCUGGUGCAAUCUGUGCAGUCGGGAAUUCUAAUGGGAUCAGGCGACAUAAUUGCGCAGACGCUGAUUGAAAAACGUAAACUUACCGGUAUCGAUGGUAUGCGAGCCUUCCGAUUUUUUGGCAUUGGAUUUUGUAUGGGCGGUCCAGGUCUGCGGAAAUGGUACGGUGUAUUGGAUAAACGAAUCACGGGAAGCAACAAGACGCUCAACACAUUUAAAAAGGUAGCUCUGGAUCAGCUACUAUUCGCUCCGGUCUUCCUGGGUUUGCUAAUUGGUACGAUCGGUGUGCUGCAAGGUCAUAACCGAGGAGAGAUUGAACGAAAGUUGAAAAACGAGUAUACUGACAUUUUGCUGACAAACUAUUAUAUCUGGCCGUGGGUCCAGUUGACCAAUUUUUAUCUUGUGCCACUCAACUAUCAAGUGCUGGUAGUGCAGUUUGUAGCUGUUUUCUGGAACACAUAUCUGUCAUGGAAAACUAACUGUAACGAAACCGCCAAGGUGAUUGCCAUUAAAUCGGACGUGGUUGGUGGGGAAGAUGCAGACGGAAACGCUUACUGAAGGUGUCCUUUUGGUUUGAUGAACAGAAAAAGGGCGUUCUAAUGUGAUACUAAACAAUUAGGUUAUAGAUGUAGUCAGGGCCGGAUUUACGAUUGUGGGGGCCCGAGGCCCAGUUAUAGUGGGGGCCCCAAAAUUAAACAAAACUGUUUUUUAUCGUACGAGUUAAAAGCAUUUAUUUGCUAUUGAAAAAUUACCAAAAAUUUGUUAGAAUUUUUUCUUAAGUCCUAUUUAGAGCUCCAAGCGAAGUGAAAAUCUCAUACAAAAUGAUCAUUUUUUUACGCUCGUGAAAAAUGCAACCUACAAAAAUUUCACUUCGCUAGGAACUGUAGACAAAUUCGAUCAAGCGAAAUCGUUGUGCGAUCGCGAAAGGUUGUGGAUCUCAUCUUUUUCUUGUGUUCACUUUUUUCACGCAUGCAAACGCUAGUGAAAAAAGCAGCAGCAAGCAAAAACUUGCGUGCGUUUAUAUUCUGUCAGUUGCAGCCAAUUUUCACUUCGCUCGGAGUGUAAACUCGUGAAUUUCGCUUCACUCAAACUGUAAAUUGCAGACUGGUGAAAUACCUGCGUGUUCCACAAACGGGUUUUCACGACAGAUUUCGCAAGCGAAAAUUUAAGCUUUUUACUUGUCAAAUUUUUCACUUCGCUUGGAAACUAUGCUUUACGAGUUUUUUUGCAGAAAACUUAUUAAUUAAAUAAUCAACAUAACUUUUUCAGUAUACUCGUACUCGAAACUUAAUAAUGCUAAGUUUGACUGCCUUUCAUUCUUCACAGUCGCACGCAACCUAUUUUUAAUAUGUUUCAUCUUCAAACUUUUUUCUUGAUACCUGAAAAAAAACUACCGCAAUUUGAAAAAAAUGCGAUCCACAGGCAAAAAUUUGCACACAAUUUGAGAAAGACUGCACAAAUAUAAGACGACUCUGACAAUAAUGGAAACUAGGAAAAAACUACACAUAUCUGCAGGUCAAUUAAAUUGGCACACGAGCUCAGAAAAUCUGCAUUUUGCAAAGCACAUCUGGUAUCCCUGAUUCGGACCAGUGAGCAAAAGCAAUGCAUUAAAAAACUUGUGGGUUAUUUUCUUUAUCUGCUUUACCACCCAUGCGCGCUAAAGCCCUAGAGUUAAAGUUUGGCCGACUGUCAUUGAAAAGUUCCAAUCAAACAGUCAACAGUUUUUUCAUCAUAGUUUUAACAUUGCUGAUGUUCGAUUGGAACGAGUUUUGACACUUCGAUUGACGCUAUUAAUGACAGUCGGCCAAACUUUAACUCUAGGCGUUUAAUGCGGGCUGGUUCGAUUCAAAUGGUGUGUUAAUGUGUGUCAUUCCAAGAUAAUCCAAGGUGAACUCUUAUGGAUGUAGUUGCGAUAUUGGCGCUCGCGAAAUAAUAACACUUAAGGAAAGUGUCAGAUUGUAAUGGUCUGUUCGAAUUUUCUUACUGUAAAUCGAACUUUUGAUUAAAUCUCUUUUUUAAAGAGAAAAAAUCUUUUUGUCGAUUUGUGGGGGCCCUAAAAAUGUGGGGGCCCUGGGCCCCCCCAUAAAUCCGGCUCUGGAUGUAGUGCCUAAACCAAGUUGGAGUUUAUGCAAAUACAAUUUUAACUUUCAGUAGUUGAGUAAUAACGUUGUUUCAAUCGUUUAAUUACAUUAUAUUGAAGCACUGGUAAGCAAUUUUAGAAAUAAUCUUAUCUUCUUAUAAAUAUAUAUGAACGAACACGCUA